AUGGGGCCCCUGGGUAAUAGGGGAUCAUGGGGCCCCUGUGUCCUUGCCCAAACUCAAAAAAGCCUAUGAAAAAGGUACCAGGGGUAUGUCUUUAGAAAACCAGAACCCCUCCAUUAAAGCUGAGCUCCAGGCAAAACAACCAAAUGCACAGAUGGAAUACGUGCCAGGGGCAGACUGACAACUCAUGGGGCCCCCGGGCAAUAGGGGAUCAUGGGGCUCCUGUGUCCUUGCCCACACCCAAAAAAGCCUAUGAAAGGUACCAGGACAUCUCAUGGGGCCCCCUACUGAACCCGGGCCCUCUGGCAGUGCCGGAGUUCCCCAAUGGUCAGUCCGCCCUUGGUCCCCUGUAA